AUGCGUUCAUUUGUCUCAGCAGCAGCGGUCAUCGCACUUCCUAUCACAGCAAUGGCUUCGACGUUGAACGAUUGGAGCCCUCGGAUUGCCAACCUAAGCUCUGGUUGCAAGGUAGUGUACACUUCAGACAUCAGUGGCUGCUCUGAGAAAGACUUCGGAAAGACUGCAAGCUGCAGUGCGGCAUGUUUGAAGGGACUCCAGGAAGUGGCCACGAAGGUCAAGGCGGCCUGUGCGGAUGAAGACUUUGGCAGCGACCCCGAAGCUGGAAACAUCCUACUGUACUUUCUGGCCGGCAAUGGACCUCGAAGCGUCUGCCCAAACAACAACAUUGCGCAGGCAAGUGUAUCGUCUAGCGCAUCAACAACAUCAACACAAUCAGACACAUCGACUGCAACAUCGACCGGGCCAGAUGCAUCGACGACAUCCACAGCGGGGUCCAAUAGCACAGAGACGUUGACCUCUACCAGCUCUGCGAGCCCGACCACGACGACAUUCGUGCUUGAUGGUACCAGCACCAUCAGCUCUGCGACCUCGACGCCGAUCGACUCGCAGAACAGUAAAAGCGGUGGGGGAAGCCCAUUCGACGAUGUGCCUUCCGAUGGCGCUGCUUGGACCAUCCCAUGUGCCAUGACCAUCCUCGCGGCUCUCUUCGUUGGCGCUGGACUACAAUGA